AGCUGAAAACUCUCUCAAAAGGAAGAACCAAAAGACAAAGGAUGGAAAAUGGGAGAGGAAAAAAUGAGAAAAUAGGAAUAUCAGACCGAAAUCUAAAACGUGUCUAAUCGGAAUUCCACAGAGACAUCUGUGGACAUAGAAGGGAUGAAAUUAUCAGAGAUACAAAAACAUUUCCCAGAACUGAGAAACACACAUUUCUAGGUUGAAAGGCCCUACUGAGCGCCAGCAAUUAAAAAAAGAUCUAUGCUAGAGACAUCACUGUGCAGUUUCAGUAUGCUAGGAGUAAAGAAGCUCUGAGAGGAGGGGAGAAAACACAGAACAGGUCACCUGUAAGGGUUGACAGUGGCUCUUCUAGUGUGCUGCCAGCAGCAUCAGAAUCACCUGGGAACUUGGUAGAAAUGCAGAUUUUCAGGUCCCACCUAGACCUGCUGGAAGAGAAGCCAUGCCCCCACCCCCACCCCCAGUUCUGAUGCCUGCCAAAGUUUGAGAAACCCUGGGAUAGAGAAUCAGAAUGGCCUCCAGCUCCUCUGAGUACUUGCGUGAGUGCUGUGGAUAUAGAGUAAAACAAUGUCUUCAAAAUCCCAAGGGAGAAUGACUUCUAAAUUCUGUGUACACCUAAACUAUCAAUCCUGUUAAGUCAUCUCCAAACAUGGGGGCUGAGGGAAGCACUUCUGUGCAUGGCUUCUUGGAAAGCUGGUGGAGGAUAUGCCCCAGGAAAAUGAACAAGUAAACCGAGGAUGAAGACUGGGCAGCCAGGCAGUGAGACUCCCCCGCAGAGGAAGGAGGUGAAAUCCCUCCAGAGCGAGGCCGGAUUCUGUAAGGCUUCAUUUUCUAAUAAUGGUUCUGUGAAGCCUUCGUGGCAAAUCUGAUCUUCUGCAGAGUUCAUCAUCCAAAUCCAGAAUCGCAGCCUCUUAGACUUGGAUGAAAUCGUUCCAUUCAAUGUCCUCUUGAUUAACAGAGCUGGAAACAGGAUUGUUGAAGUAUUACCUGAACAUCUGAAACAGUUUCAAUCUCUCGAAACUUUGGACCUGAGCAGCAAUAAUAUUUCAGAGCUUAAAAUUCCCCUUCCACCCCUACAACUCAAAUAUCUGUAUAUCAACAGCAACCGGGUCACUUCGAUGGAACCUGGGUAUUUUGACAGCUUGGCCAACACGCUCCUGGUGUUGAAGCUGAACAGGAACCGAAUCCCGGCUAUCCCCCCCAAGAUGUUUAAACUGUCCCAACUACAACACCUUGAACUGAACCGAAACAAGAUUAGAAAUGUAGAUGGGCUCACAUUCCAAGGGCUUGGUGCUCUGAAGUCUCUGAAAAUGCAAAGAAAUGGAGUAACAAAACUUAUGGAUGGAGCUUUUUGGGGGCUGAGCAACAUGGAAAUCUUGCAGCUGGACCAUAACAACCUAACAGAGAUUACCAAAGGCUGGCUUUAUGGCUUGCUGAUGCUGCAGGAACUUCAUCUCAGCCAAAAUGCCAUCAACAGGAUCAGCCCUGAUGCCUGGGAGUUCUGCCAGAAACUCAGUGAGCUGGACCUCACUUUCAAUCACUUAUCGAGGUUGGAUGAUUCAAGCUUCCUGGGCCUAAGCUUACUAAAUACACUGCACAUUGGGAAUAACAAAGUCAGCUACAUUGCUGAUUGUGCCUUCCGGGGGCUUUCCAGUUUAAAGACUUUGGAUCUGAAGAACAAUGAAAUUUCCUGGACUAUUGAAGACAUGAACGGUGCUUUCUCUGGGCUUGACAAACUGAGGCGGCUAAUACUCCAGGGGAACCGGAUUCGAUCUAUUACCAAAAAAGCCUUUACUGGUUUGGACGCAUUAGAACAUCUAGAUUUGAGUGACAACGCAAUCAUGUCGUUACAAGGCAAUGCAUUUUCACAGAUGAAGAAACUUCAGCAAUUGCAUUUAAAUACAUCAAGCCUUUUGUGCGAUUGCCAGCUAAAAUGGCUCCCACAGUGGGUGGCAGAAAACAACUUUCAGAGCUUUGUAAAUGCCAGUUGUGCCCAUCCUCAGCUGCUAAAAGGAAGAAGUAUUUUCGCUGUUAGCCCAGAUGGCUUUGUGUGUGAUGAUUUUCCUAAACCCCAGAUCACGGUUCAGCCAGAAACACAGUCGGCAAUAAAAGGUUCCAAUUUGAGUUUUAUCUGCUCGGCUGCCAGCAGCAGUGAUUCCCCGAUGACUUUUGCUUGGAAAAAAGACAAUGAACUACUGCAUGAUGCUGAAAUGGAAAAUUACGCACACCUGCGGGCCCAAGGCGGCGAGGUGAUGGAGUACACCACCAUUCUCCGGCUGCGCAGCGUGGAAUUCACCAGUGAGGGGAGAUACCAGUGUGUCAUCUCCAAUCACUUUGGCUCAUCCUACUCUGUCAAAGCCAAGCUCACAGUAAAUAUGCUUCCUUCCUUCACCAAGACCCCCAUGGACCUUACCAUCCGAGCCGGGGCAAUGGCGCGUCUGGAGUGUGCCGCCCUGGGGCAUCCAGCCCCACAGAUAGCCUGGCAGAAGGACGGAGGCACAGACUUCCCUGCUGCGAGGGAGAGACGCAUGCAUGUUAUGCCUGAGGACGAUGUGUUCUUUAUUGUGGAUGUGAAGAUAGAGGACAUCGGGGUUUAUAGCUGCACAGCUCAGAACAGUGCAGGAAGCAUUUCUGCAAAUGCGACUCUGACUGUCCUAGAGACACCAUCCUUUCUGCGGCCCCUGUUGGACCGAACUGUAACCAAGGGAGAAACGGCCGUCCUGCAGUGCAUUGCUGGAGGUAGCCCUCCUCCCAGACUGAACUGGACCAAGGAUGACAGCCCCUUGGUGGUCACCGAAAGGCACUUUUUUGCAGCAGGCAAUCAGCUGCUGAUCAUUGUGGACUCUGAUGUCAGCGAUGCUGGGAAGUACACGUGUGAAAUGUCUAAUACCCUUGGCACUGAGAGAGGCAACGUGCGCCUCAGUGUGAUCCCCACUCCCACCUGCGACUCCCCUCAGAUGACCGCUUCGUCGUUAGACGACGACGGAUGGGCCACCGUGGGCGUCGUGAUCAUAGCAGUGGUUUGCUGUGUGGUGGGCACGUCGCUCGUGUGGGUGGUCAUCAUAUACCACACAAGGCGGAGGAACGAAGAUUGCAGCAUUACCAACACAGAUGAGACCAACUUGCCAGCAGAUAUCCCUAGUUAUUUGUCAUCUCAGGGAACCUUAGCCGACAGGCAGGAUGGGUACAUCUCCUCAGAAAGUGGAAGCCACCACCAGUUCGUCACUUCUUCAGGAGGCGGAUUUUUCUUACCGCAACACGACAGUAACGGAACAUGCAAUAUCGACAAUGGCAGUGAAGCUGAUGUGGAAGUUUCCACAGAUCCAUUCCUUUGUCCCUUUUUGGGAUCCUCAGGCCCUGUGUAUUUGAAGGGGAAUGUAUGUGGCUCCGAUCCUUUUGAAGCCUAUCAUACAGGCUGUGGCCCUGACCUGAGAACAGCUUUAAUGGACCACUGUGAGCCCAGUCACAUAAAGAAAAAGGAGUGCUACCCAUGUCCUUACCCUUCAGAAGAAUCCUGUGAACAGAAUGGCAGUGAUGUAGGAUGGCCUUCACAUGUGAGGAAAUUAAUCAACUCCACUUACUCUCAGAAUGAAGGACCCGGAAUGAAAAGUUUGUGUCUAAACAAGUCCUCUUUAGAUUUCAGUCUAAGUCCAGAGCCAGCAUCAGUUGCUUCAAGUAAUUCUUUCAUGGGAACAUUUGGAAAGCCUCUGAAGAGAGCUCACCUGGAUGCUUUUUCAAGCUUUGGACAGCCAUCAGAUUGUCAGCCAAGAGCGUUUCACCUAAAAGCUCGUUCUUCCCCAGACUUGGACUCUGAGUCAGAGGAAUAUGGGAAAGAAAGGACAGAUUUUCAGCAAGAAAAUCACACGUGUACCUAUCAACAGACCUUAGAAAACCAUAGGACUCCAAAUUUUCAGUCUUAUGACUUGGACACCUAGACUGAGUAGGAGCAAAGAAGAGCUCUAACAUACUACCUCAAGCAGACUUUUAUUUAAAAGAGAGAGAAUCCUAUGUUUUUAAAUGGAGUUAUGAAUUUUAAAAGGAUAAAAUGUCUUAUUUAUACAGAUGGACCAAAAUUACAAAAAGUUAUAAAAAAUUUUAUACUGGGAGUAACUUUCAUAUAAGGAUACCUUUUUAAACUAUUUUAACUUUGUUUUAUGUGAAAAAAAAAUCUUAAUGUAAAUUAAUGGUAUGAAUCCAUGACUAUUUUAUGUAUUUUUAUAAUGCCAGAUUUCUUUUUAUUGAAAAUGAGUACUAAAACAUUUUAAUUAAUACCUGUCUUGUACCUUUUUUGAAUAGAGGUCACUUCAUUUUAUUUUGCACAUUGCAUUUAAUAAAAUGUGUCAUUUUGAUCCCAAGCCCCAUCUAUACAAUUACAGUUUUUGUUGUUCUCAACACAUUUUAGGCUUAAUAAUUUCAUAUUAUCAUGUCCAAAUUGAAGGAAAUUCUACUUAGCACAUUAAAAUAUGAGCCAAAACUGACCAUUCUGCCUAUCACACAGAGCUGAGGUAAUGCAAACUCAAAUCAGAUUAGUGUAUAUAAAAGCACAUUGUAAACAAAAAAGAGCUACAAAGAUUUGAGGUGUAUUAAUUUAUUUCUAACUUUACAAACAAAGAUUGCAAACAACGAAAAAGAGCUACAAAGAUUUGAGGUGUAUUAAUUUAUUUCUAACUUUACAAAGAUUUGUUGGUAUAGUCUGGUAUAAUGUAGUGCAAUCACCAUUGCUUAAAUCACUGCCCAAGCCAUGUUUCUUUAAUUAUAAUAAUGCCUUAUGUGGCCUGAUGCCUUGUGCUUUUCCAAAUAGUUUCACAUUUACCAUCCCUUUAAUUAUAACAAGAGCAUGGUUUACUGCACAUUUCUGUAGUUAAAGUGGCUAUAACAGAGGUGAUUUUCAUUUACUGUUCCAGGUUAUAGUGGGAUGCUGAUAGAAAUCUUGGCUAUUUUUUACUGAUUUUGUGUUGGAUGAGCAGUUCUUAUAUAAAAGGUACUUUUAAGCUAUUCUAAGGAAUUAAAAUAUUUUCCUAAUUUGGUUAUCCUGCUUUUGGUAAAAACUGAGUAUCAAAUCUGUUACUUAAACUAUUUAAAAUAUUUGUUUUAAAUAGUAUUUAAGUGAAAAUGUCAUUACAUGGUGCGUAUAUACACACAAAACAUGAAUAUAGUCAUCUUUAAAAUUAAGUGACAUUAUUUCAAUUACUUGAAAUAAACUUAAGUCUACUAAUUCAGGUGAUGAAAUUGGAUUUUUUAAAGGCAAUUCUUGUUUACGUCUGUAGUUUAAAGACCAAUCCUCUUGCCCAAGAAUAAAUAUAUAUGGGAAGAGUUAAUGCAUAGCACAUUAAGCUUUAAAAUCCAACCUGAUGAAGGUGUGAAUUUAUGCCAUUUUCAGUCCUUUGAACUAAAGUGAAAGCAGUUGUUAGAAAAGCAGAUUCUUCUCGGAGGAUAUGUUGGGGGGGGUGACGUUUUCCUGCUUAGGGAGUGUCCGGUUUUGUUGUCUGUGAGCCAGAAACGACCCCAGAAUGUAGUAAGAUUUUCUUCCUUUAAUGUAGACACCAGAGUCUAGGACAGGAAGUUGAUCCUUCCUUGGACCACCAGUGACUACGUGCAGAGAAGUGAUUGUGUAUGCUUUGGCUUUAUCAUAUUGCCAGACUUUCAAAAUCUUAUUAACUUGUCUUCAUUAUUGCCAGAUGUGUUGUAAGCAUUGAUGGGGGCCUAUUCAAUGAUUAAGAACUUCUUUUAAAGGAUUUCAUUUUUCCGGACUUAGCCACAAAGGUUUAAAUCAUUAACACUUGAAAUUCAGAAAUUAUAUUCAUUCUACUUUAAUAUGAUUUUUCCCUUUUACUCUGUGUGUAUGUAUGGAUUACAGAUAAUUUUAGCUGUGUGGAAAAAUAGGAGCUCAAUUUCUCUCUGCAGGAAAAGAACGUAUAUAAUCACAAAAUGAAUCUAGUAAGUAUUAAUAUAUCCUAGAAUAAUACAGACUUCAGAAAAAGAUAAAUACCAAAUCAUUUAGUUUGUGAAAAAUAAUGCCUAAAAUUUUUCAAUUUAAUCUUUCUGUGCUUUCUGAUAAAGACUAAUUCACAUACAACAUAUCUUAAUAGAUGUUCACGCCACUUUCAUAGUGUUUUCUUCAUUACCAGUGCUAAUGAUAACAUCGUUACUGUGUGUAAUCUCAACCUGUUUUUUAAGAUAUUCGGAGAUAAAGGUUAUAUAAUUGUGGCAGGCAACAUUAAAAAAAUUUUUUUAAUGUUUAUUUUUGUGAGAGACCGAGUACGAGCAGGGGAGGAGCAGAGAGAGAGGGAGACACAGAAUCCGAAGCAGGAUCCAGGCCCUGAGCUGUCAGCACAGAGCCCGACUCGGGGCUCAAACCCAGGAACCGUGAGAUCAUGACCUGAGCCAAAGUUGGACACUUACCCGACAGCCACCCAGGUGCCCCAGCAAUAUUUUGUAAUGUCUAGUCUGUGGAACGUUUACAACUCACUUUCACAGUCCUCUUAACAGAAGCCAGAAAUUACUUCUCAGAAUAAAGCCAAUGGUACUAUUUUUAAAAACUUGAUGUCAAAAAGGAAAGUGAAUUGCUGUUUGUACACACCUGAAGGGUGUUAGUCCUUUUGAUUUAAUGUGAUAGGAAGUAAUUUAUAACCAACAUUACAAUAGAUGUGCUACAGGGGUAUUUUUCAAGAAGGAGAACCAAAUGUCACCACAGAGAGCCUGCUAUGUGCCUCCCACUCUCGGAAUCUGCAGUGGUUGGACUUGUGUAAUAGGAUAAUUUAGAACUCACUAUUUUUUAAGACGGCAUUCCAUGAACACAUUGAAUAGCUCAGCGUCCUGCCAAAAAAACUAUUAGAGUCUUCAAAGAGGGGUACGGUUUCUUCAUGAAUUGAAUUAUUUCAAUAUUUGAGAAAUAUCCAGUUACCAGAACUUACCUUUUUCCAUGAGGCACUUUUUAAACUAAUGUAAAAAAGAAAGUCUUUUAACAGAGAAAUAUUGAUCCCAAUAUUUGGGACCAUUUGGUUUGUUUUUGUUUUUGUUUUGUUUUUUGAGAAAUCUGAUAAUUGGUGUCUUUUAAUAAAGAUGUUUGAUUUAACUUGAGAUGUAUUACUGAGAUUAAAAAAACAUGAAAAUCUAUAUUAUAGAUUGAAAUGUAUACAGUUUCCCCAAAUCUCUCUAUUGUAAAAAUUUCAAGAUAAUUAAUCUAUCAUUUCUACUGGUUUUAGUGUCUAGGGUCCGAAUUCUUUAUCCUCCCAUAUGAUGAUUGAUAUCCAUGAGCAUGAGAAAUUAGAAUCAGUAUUUGCAUGUAGCUUUUUAUUAGAAUUACAUGUUUUAGUUAAAGAAUUUUUAAGAAUACAUCUUAAUAAGGCAAAGCAAUCCACAAUUGUUACAAUUUCACUCUUGGAUUUCUAUAAUUUUCAUGUAUCUCUGUUGGGUUUUAUGGUUGAUUUUGGUUUUUAACAAGUAAACUUUUUUUUAAUCCUGUUUAAACAUAA